UCGCUCUACACUGAUUCAAUGGAUGCUUUUGGGAAACUUGUGAGGAGCAUGGUGGAGGAACACCCAACAUCUGAGCUAAUGGAUGAAAUGUUCCAGCUCAUAGAUCCUUGGUUCAGCGAAACAGAAUGGAGCAGAGAGCGAGCGUUGCAAGCUAUUUUCCAUGCCCUUGUUGCAUUUCAGGAGAAGGUUAAUCUCCCUGAAGGAGAACAUUUUCAACAAUUUGGGUCCCGAGUUGCAUUCCUAGCUCCAUAUACCUGUGACAAUUCCAUCCAAUGCCGGCAGUGGGCUGCCCAAUGCAUCACCUGCCUCAUUCAUAUACAAGCGAGGUCACAAGCUACAUAUGUGGAAGAAAAAGAAAUGGAAUCUGCUUAUGCUAAUCUACAGAUAGAGGUUUUGGGGGAUCUUCUCAGAGCAUCUUCCAAAAUGGCCAAGGUGGUCAGUGCUUAUUUUCCACCAGAUCAAGGCCUUGAUUUUGUCGAGGGCAUCCUGGAGGUUUUAGUGUCUGGAAACAAAAUGUGUGCCAUUUCUGCUGGUCACUGGCUCCUAACCAUCCUUCAAGAUUGUGGUAAUGCAAUGGAAGGACAGAUCUCAGCAGUCCUGGAUGUUUUCUACAGUCACUUGCCUAUCAUCAAGCAGGAUGACCUAAGACAAUUUCUCAUGGAUGCCUUGUCCAUUGUAGCCCAUUUUCAUUUGGAAGCUGUGUUUAGCAGCCUGUUAUGCCGGCGUCUUCCAAUGGAUAGUGAGACAGGUGAACUUUGGAGAUCUCUGGGUAAAGAUGCAUCCCUGGCCUUGCUCAUCCUUCCAAAGCUAGCAAGCAGAAUAACAAAAUCCACAGACUCAGGAACAAUUUUGCACUUCACAAAUGAGGAUAUUGUAGAAUUUGCUGAAGAAGAUCCUCUCAAAGCCACCUGUGCCAUCUAUGAAAUCCUUUCUGUACUGCAAGUGAAAAAAGUCCUCCAGCAGGUGUUCCCAGAGCUCUUUUGUGCUCUGCUAUGGCAGGUCAGCAAAACUUUGGGGCAAAAGAUGCCUUUAUCUGAAGGCCGACGGAAGCUGUUUCUAAGAGAACAACAACUAUCUGAAGGCAACCCAUGCAGACUUUCUGUGUCAAGCCUGAAGGCUCUAGUAUUAAAGCUCACCUGUGACCCAUCAUUGGCAGAAAUCAGAGAAGUGAGUAUAUGGACAUUACUCAGAGAUCCUAAAACCCAUCAGGAAGGUGUCUGUCUGCUAAUACGGAGUUCAGACUUUCCUCUUCAUACAAAUGUGAUUCAAGAUCCCAUUUUGGUAGAGAAACUGCAGCUAAAAUCUCUCCUCCCAAUCAUGAUGCUAAGAGCAGGAGACUGGGAUCCUGGGAUCCGUCAGAUGGCAAUCCGUGGUCUUGGGAACCUUCUCCUUGUGGCUCCUGACAAGGUGAAAGGACAGAAGAGGACCAUUGUAGCUGUCCUGAUUGGAGCUUUGUAUGAUGAAAAGUUGGUUCUGGAGAGUCUCAGGUUGCUUGCUCUGAUUUUUCCACACCUGAAGGGGAAAGAUGUGGGUUUCCUAUUUAAAGACAUCUCUCUGAAGACCACCUCAUACCUGGCAGAUGACAAUGCUGACCUUCGUGAGGCUGCACUAUGUCUCUUUGGCAUCCUGGCUGCUUGGACAAAGUUUAGAUACAAAAGAUUUUUUACUAUCCAAGCCAGAAGUAAUUUGGUGUCCCUUCUAAUACACCAGCGUGACCCCAAUCCCAGAGUAUCUGAGGCAUGCAGGACUGCUUUUCUGCAAUGCAUGACGUUUUUAGUGAGAAGGAAACUAAGAAUCUAUAUUGAAGAACUUUACCAUACCACUAAUUUAACUCUUCCAAAUCUACAUGCUCAUGUAUGCAGGCAGCUGGUUGAAAAUACCAACCCAGAAAUGAGGAGAGAACUGUUGAAAAAGACAACGAUCUAUUUCCAAAGCAAGUGGGAAGAGAUCCAGAUUAGAGCUCUUGAAUUAACAGAAAUCAUUCUGGAAUGCAUGCAAGUAGCAGACCUGGAUGAGCCUAUUAAGCAAGUUCUGUUGACUUCUCUUGUAAGGCUUCAGAAAAACAUCAGCUAUGGUUUCAAUGAACAUUUAGAUGUGCCCCAGUGUUAUUCAUUGGCUUCCGAUUCUAGCAAGAACCCAUUUCAAGCCACUGGUCUUUAUGUUCAGAAUCACAAUCUUCCCACUUUCUCACCAAAGAAGAUCUUGCCUCGCCCUUUACAUAUCUUAGCAUUACUCAAGGUCUCAGAUCUUGUGUCAAGCCUAAAGAGCACAAUUCUUACAUGUGCAUUAUUUGAUUUUGAAAACACAGAAAUUUGCUAUCAUAAUCCAUUUGAAAAUGCCCUAACCCAAGAAAGACUAAGCAUGUUCAUUGGACAGGAAGAGAAUAUCAAAAGAAAUAGAGAUGAAAUGGGACAUUCUGGAAGACUUGAUGGGAGCAGUCAAUAA